UUGAUGGAUUAUAUAUGUAAUAAACUUACCUAAAGAUCCUUCGGGGAUGGAAGACUCAGGAAGAGACACAUUAAAAAAAUUUGGCACAAGAUUAGGCUUCUUGUUAGCUUGUGCAUUUGACUAAGUUAUUUGCCAUGAACCCAAAUUCAUUGAUAAAAAACAAAAGUAAAAACAUAAAGAAAAAAACGCAAUGGUUAUAGGCUAAAACAAAUCCAAAGAGUUAAAAAAGCUCUUGAUAGCAAAAUUCUGUAUACUUAUCAGUAACAUAACAUUUAGCAAAUAAGAAGAAGAAGAUCAAGUAUUAUGAUUGGUUAAAAGUAUCAGAGAAAUGGGACAUCAAAAGAGAGGGAAUGGUAUAUUCAGCCCAAAAGUGGUGAAAAUGGCAAUGGGAAUUCUUGGGAUGUGUGUCAUUGGAUACAUCGUGGGUCCCCCACUUUAUUGGCAAGGCCUUGCCGCUUUCACUCACUCUUCCUCUUCUUGCCCUCCUUGCCUUUGUGAUUGUUCAUCCUCUUACCCUUUCCUCUCCCUCCCUCAAGGAUUAAACCAGUCAUUUACAGAUUGUAUGAAACAUGAUCCCGAGGUUAGUGAAGAAAUGGAAAAGCAUUUCGCUGAUCUUGUGGCAGACGAAUUAAGACAGAAAGAAGCUGAGGCCUUAGAAAAUCAACGAAAAUCGGAUAUGGCUCUACUAGAAGCUAAAAAGAUCGCAUCUCAAUACCAAAAGGAGGCAGAUAAGUGCAAUUCAGGAAUGGAAACUUGUGAGGAGGCUAGAGAAAGAGCCGAGGAAGCCUUAGAAGCACAAAGGAAAAUAACUGCAAUGUGGGAGCAUAGAGCGCGUCAAAAAGGAUGGAAUGAAAAUGUUGUAAGAAGAGCUCGCGAAAGGAAAUGAUUAAUUAUUUUCAAGAUUAGAAGUUCUUAGUGAUGAUCCUUAUUUCAAUUUCUAGGCACAGUAUAUUUUGAUAUUUGCUAUGGCAAAAGUUAAUGAGCAAU